UUAUCCCAACGCGAUUUCUUCUACAAACUUUUUAAAAUCGGAAAGAAAAUGAUGGCCACUACAUCAACUUCUUCUCCGUUUACUCCCAGUUACCUCCUUUCUUUAACUUCCUCAUUCUCGAACUCAAGAUAUCCACUACAAUUAACAACUCUCAGUUCAUCUAUUCUUCGGUCUUCAUCGCGUAAAAAUACUAGUUCAAAACUCUUUUGUUACUCACAAUCAGCCAUUUCCAGAAGAGGUACUUUUGAUCCUGAGCUGCGUUCAGUGUUGGAACUUGCAACGCAUUCUGAAUUGUAUGAAAUUGAAAGGAUCCUUUUUGGUCCAAGCUAUUUUAGUCCGUUACUAAAAUCAAUAGAAAACAGAGGUAGUGCUGAUUUUAUCAUGAUUGAAGAGGACUUUGAAGAGAGAGACAAUUUCAUUGAACUUCUUGAAUCCCGGUUUCUAUAUCUAGGAGCUGAUGCUCGGUCUACAUUAAGGGGUUGGAGGCCUUCUUAUAGAGAUAUAUUGCUAAGUGUGAGAAGGAAAUUGAGUAUUCCUUGUUCCAGUAAACUGUCGACGGAAGACCUAGAGGUCGAGAUUUUUCUUCAUCUGUUGCAGGAGUACUCAAGUGAUAUAACCUUACAACAUGGACUCAGUCAGUGGAAGGUGCAAGUAUUUGCUGCUUUGAAGAUUGGGGCAGUGGAGCUGAAGUCAAUGAUUCUGAAGGGAGGGGGCAUGCUUACUUUGGCGAAAGUUUAUCAACUGCUAGCAAGGAGAUUGUCCGGAAAGAUGCUAUUUCAAGCUGCCAACUAUCAAGUGAGGCAUGAACUUAUAAGGGAGCUUGCAUUCUAUGGGUCUCACUAUCAUGCGUAUAACACGACUUUCGGAGUACGAAAUUGUUUUCAAUUAAGGCCUGUUAGGGUGGAAAAUUGGCUGCUAUAAAUCUGGAGUCCAGGGCUGCUUUGCUGGCAGCAGGACAGGGGUUAGCUGGGGCUGCAUCGAGGUAUCUAGGGCUCAGAAGUAUGAUGAUGUUACUUGGCCCAAUGUUGUGGGGAACAUUUCUGGCAGAUGUUGUCAUUCAAAUGCUUGGAACAGAUUAUGCUAGAAUUUUGCGAGCAAUCUAUGCAUUUGCACAGAUCCGUGUCACACGCACAUACAAGUGGGAAACUGACAAGAAUCGUUUCGCUUAGAAUCUCAGAAUGAUUUUCCAGAAUUCGUCUUGAACAGGACACUAGAGGCAUUGCAAAGCUGCUGUCCUGUGAUUGGAUCAGAAUCAUUAGAUCAAUGUCGGAAAGUUAUGCUGGAUACAAAUGUAAUCUGCUUCAAGUAGGCUAAAAUGUUAAGAUUCAAGUUUGAUCCAAUGGCAUCUUUCAUUUUUCUCUUAUUAAUUUCAAGAAGGAAAAAAAGAAAUUUCAAUAGCUGGGAUUUGGAGGAACUGUAAACAGGAGUAAGAUUAUUAUUAUUAUUUUUUUUUUU